AAGUCCAUAAAAUCAAAUGAAUUGGAUAUAUAUAUAAUAAUUCUAGAGAGAGAAAAUGGGGAACCUCUGUCGGCUUCAACCAGGCAUAGAACAUCCAUCUAUCCAUCCCCAUCUUUUCUCUCUCUCUUCUCCAUAGUAUUUUCACCUUUUUUUUUUUGUAAAUUGUUUUUCGCUUGGAAGGAAAAUCAGUGAUUUAUUUGUAGUAGGGGAAAUAGCUGGUAAUCCGGAGCUGAGAUUUGGGUUUGAGCUGAUUGCUGGACAGCAAGUGUAGUGGUGGAGAAGCUUGUGGCUGUGAUUGGAGAUUGGAGGUUGAGUAUGGGAACGCCGGUUUUUUCUAGGGUUUGGAUUGUGCGUAUCAAAAUCGCGGUGGAGAACGCGGUGUUUUGUUUGCAUUAGCGAGUUUAGCAUCAGUGAGCGGGAGAAGGCACCGAAAGCUGGACAUUGGUGUUGCAGUGGAGUUUGAGUUGGGUUUCUCAUGGCACACCUUGCUGCAAAUCAUUUUGGUGGUGGUCCACCCCCAGGGGCCUUGAAUGAUGCUUUGUAUAAAGAACUUUGGCAUGCUUGUGCUGGGCCCCUUGUUACUGUUCCACGUGAAGGGGAACGAGUUUAUUACUUUCCGCAAGGUCACAUGGAACAGCUCGAAGCAUCUACACAUCAGGGAUUAGAUCAGCAACUCCCUUCAUUUAACUUACCCAGUAAAAUACUUUGCAACGUGAUGCAUGUUCAUCUUCGGGCGGAACCAGACACGGAUGAGGUGUAUGCACAAAUAACAUUGAUUCCUGAACAAGACCAAAGUGAGGUCACAAGUCCGGAUCCUCCUCUGCCAGAGCCUGAAAGGUGCACUGUCCAUUCAUUUUGCAAGACUCUUACUGCUUCUGAUACCAGCACCCAUGGGGGGUUCUCGGUUUUACGAAGGCAUGCUGAUGAUUGUCUACCUCCAUUGGACAUGUCUCAACAACCACCCUGGCAGGAAUUGGUAGCGUCUGACCUUCAUGGCAAUGAAUGGCACUUCCGCCACAUUUUCCGAGGCCAACCAAGGCGCCACUUACUGACCACUGGCUGGAGUGUGUUUGUUAGUGCCAAAAAGUUAGUUGCAGGAGAUGCUUUUAUUUUCCUAAGAGGAGAAAAUGGGGAACUUCGAGUUGGUGUGCGGAGGCUCAUGAGACAACUAAAUAAUAUGCCAUCUUCUGUCAUUUCGAGUCACAGCAUGCAUCUGGGGGUCCUGGCUACUGCAUCACAUGCCAUCUCCACUAGGACCCUGUUUUCAGUUUUUUAUAAACCACGAACUAGUCGAUCGGAAUUCAUUGUAAGUCUGAACAAGUAUCUUGAAGCUCAAAAUCACAAGCUUUCAGUUGGGAUGAGGUUUAAGAUGAGAUUUGAAGGUGAAGAGGUUCCUGAAAGAAGGUUCAGUGGGACGAUUGUUGGUUUUGUGAAUAAUGCUUCCUCUCGGUGGCCUGAUUCUGAAUGGAGAUCUUUGAAGGUCCAGUGGGAUGAACCUUCCCCAAUAUUGCGUCCUGAUACUGUUUCACCAUGGGAAAUAGAACCACUAGUUGCAGCAACUCCUCCAAACUCACAGAAUCAACAAAGGAAUAAGCGGGCACGGCCACCUGCUCUGCCUUCGCCAAUGCAGGAUCUAUCUUCACUUGGUAUGUGGAAAUCACCUGCUGACUCCCCUUCAGCAUUCCCCUAUCACGAUCCAUCACGUGUUCGUGACCUAUAUCAAUCACCUAAGCUCAGUUCCGGCACCAGAGUCAGCUCUAUGAGUUAUAACGAGAAUUUGUUGCCUGUUUCAAGCAAUUCCGUGUACCAGCCUAAUCAAAUAGAAACUGCUGCAGAGUCAUUUACCCCUGUCAGUGAAAAGAGACAAGCAAAUGGCUGCAGGCUGUUUGGAAUCGAGUUGCUUGACCACUCAACAGUUGAGGACACCUCACCGGUGGUACACCCCGGCGCAGCUAUUGAGGAUUCUCAUAUUCCUCUAGAUGCUGAAUCUGAACAUUCUGAGCCAUCGAAUCGUAAUCCAUCUGAUGUUCCCUCAGUCAGUUGUGGUCCUGAUAAGUCGUGCCUGAGAUCCCCCCAUGAGCCACACAGCAGGCAAAUCCGGAGCUGCACCAAGGUUCACAUGCAAGGCAUUGCUGUUGGGAGAGCAGUAGAUCUGACCAGGUUUGAUUGCUAUGAGGAUCUACUCAGGAAGCUGGAAGAGAUGUUUGAAAUUGUGGGGGAACUCUCUGGGUCAACAAAGAAAUGGCAGGUUGUCUACACCGAUGAUGAGGAUGACAUGAUGAUGGUUGGAGAUGAUCCAUGGCAUGAAUUUUGCACCAUGGUGAAGAAGAUAUACAUCUAUACAGCAGAGGAAGCUAAGAUGCUCUCGCCCAAGAUAAAGCUUCCUCUGGCAGAAGUCAAAUCUGGCAAGCUUCUUUCAGAAGCUGCUGUUGGUACCGAAGAACUAUCCUCGACUGUGGGGUCUGGCUACUGAUGCAGUCCUGCUUAUAUAUUUAAGCUGCAAUAUAUUCAACGUGCUCCGGGAAAGUCUAUGAGGAAUGAAGAGGAAGCCAACAAUUCGACAAUUGACUUCCUAUUUUGUUUUUAGCAACCAAGAGAUGCCUUGCGUGUGACGUAUUGCCCAUGCUGGCAACGAUAUUCUGGCGAGACAAAUGGCGGUUUAUGUUCACGUGCAACAUCUGAGAGCGGUGCCAGAAGGAUAAGGAUUCCGUUGUAGAUGGUGUAGCAUUAUCCUUACUAUUUGUGCUUGUGGGGGGCAAUUUAUGAUGCUUUCUUGUUUGAAUGCCAGUUAGGCUGAAGAGAGAUGUUAUGUUGCGUUUUUGUUUUUGGGUACAAAAGUUUAUUAAUGUAAUGAAGGUUUUUGUAUAUAAAGUUAUAUGGCCUUUGUUCCGUGCU